AUGACGGCUUUGACUCUGGCACCCCCAAAGCGGUCCGUGACUGAAAGCCUCGAACUUAUGACGAUGUUAUGGCCUCCUCAACCAGGCGGCGUCGGCUUGUUGGCUAAGGGGUUCAUGAGAGUCUAUCUCAAAACGCACACGUUCAACGAGGACAGACUGUUCCGGACUGUUUUGGAAAAGACGGACAGGCCGUUGAUAACGGUUGCAAAUCAUGCGUCGAUGUGCGAUGAUCCUGGGAUGUGGGGCGUCCUACCGUGGUCGAUACUGACGCACAAACAUCGGAUGAGAUGGUCGAUGGGUGCCAAGGAGAUCUGUUUCACCACGCCAUUGACAUCGUGGUUUUUUGCAUCAGGACAAGUGAUACCGACUGUUCGAGGGGACGGGAUAUAUCAGCCAGCUGUUAACAAGGCGAUCGAGAAGCUGAAUGACAAUGCAUGGAUCCAUGUCUCUACACCAUCAGGCAAGAUCAAUCAAGAGUCGACCGAUCUGCUUCCUUUCAGAUGGGGUGUUGCAAGGUUAAUAAUGGAGUCGAAGGUUCCUCCGCUCUUCAUACCCAUAUGGCAUAAGGGUUUUGUGGAUGUGAUGCCAGAAGCCACAGAUUUCUACUUUCCGCGUCCACGCGCAGAGGUUGUCCUGGCAUAUGGAGAGCCCAUAGACUUUGCAGCCAACGGAGUCCUCGAUCAUGCUAGGAGUCUACCAGACCCGAAGGCUGCCAGGAUCUACCUGACAGAGCAAGUCUUCAAAUCCACAGUGGCCUUGCAGCGGGCAACUGAAAAGCGCCUGGGCGACCCACAUUGGCGGCAUGCCAAAGACCCACAGCGGGAUGCUAAACCUCCCAGGUGGGGAGACCCUAGUUAA